AUGGGAGACGAAGAAGCAACCCAUGAACAUCAAAAGUCGUUAGCAGCUCUUCUCAUAUUUCUGAUCGUUGCUGCUUUUCAGUGUGCAUACCUUUGGCUCGAUCACUUGAAGAAGAGCGGAUCCGAUAAUGAAAAAGAUAUUCAGUUGCGUGGAGAAAUAAAAUACCUUUCGAAGCAGGCAAGCUUAUUGUCGCAGCCAUCAACCUUUGCACAAGCAGCAAAACUCAGAAGACUAGCAGCUGCCAAGGAGAGGGAACUUGCAAAGUAUCAAAAUUUAAAUCACAAAGAUACUGCUUUGUAUACGAAAGUGCUGCUUGCCUCAAAGUAUUUAACAUAUGGAUUGAUGAUUAUCUGGUUCUGGCGUGUUCCUGUGGCUGGCAUAUCUCAGCAACUUGUGCAACCAUUUGGGAGAUUUUUAUCUUGGAAGUCUGGAGGAGUUCAAAGCAACGAUGUUAUGAUUGGAGUAAUAUCUUGGUUAAUAGUAUCAGCCAGGGUUUGCAGAUUUGUCCGUCGAGCUUAUAGCAGAUAAAUAAUCAUGAUUUUCAUCGUGCAAUAACGAAAAUUGCUAGUUGCUUGGAAUCUUAGUUUUAAGUGGAAUGAACAAGAUGUUAAUGCUUAAUAUAUA